UAGAGGCUAUAGGCGAGAUAAAAUGUCAAGGAGAUUGUUUCACAAAAACCCAUCAAGGGCAACUCCUACAGUACACUAUAAUUAUGUUGAACCAUCAGAAGAACCGGGAGAAAGUUACGGGAUUCUUGACGGAUUGUCAUCACAUAGAAUUCAUUCAAGUUGCCAGGGGAACGGAUGAUUGGCCAUACAAUGUAUUGUAUUCCGACCGAAUGAGCUUGAGUGACCAGGAUACUACUUGCUAUUUACGAGCGCUUCUUAGUGAAAUUCAAUUCCACCCAAUGACAGGUGUUUUGCAUGCUGACGAUCCAGAGAUGCUAGAAAACGGCCCGAACACUUGUGACAUGAUUGCAUAUACACCCACCUCUACCGUAUUUUGCGUCGUCAAUGAUGACAAUGCAGUUGUCAAACUUGUAAAUCAGCCCGAUAUAUUAUGUAACGAGAUAAGAAUAUUAGAAAAGUUGCGCGAAAUUUCUGGUGUAAUAAAGCUUGUCGAUUCGUCUGCGAAUGCGAUGUUGUUACGACCACGUGCAGUUAGAUCGCUCCUAGAAAGUCCAAAAUCUGUAUCAUACCUUGCAGAAAUUGUGGAUACGCUCCGUCUAUGCCACAUAACAGGUAUAAUACAUGGAGAUGUACGACUGCCCAAUAUCCUCAUCGAUAAGGAUGACCGGGUCAUAUUAGUUGACUUUGGGUGUGGUUCGAUCAUAGGAGAG